AUGAAAAACAGCAAUAAAAAUGUUCAAAAAGUUGAAGUAGGCUUCAACUCAGCUUACACAGAUCUGGGCUACUACAUCAUAAAUAAGCUCCACCAUGUGGAUGAUUCAGUAGGAAGCAAGACAAGAAAGGCAUUCCUGUACCUCGCAGUAUUUCCAUUGUUAGAUGCAAUGGCGUGGAUUCAUGCUGGCAUCCUCCUCAAGCACAAGUACAGCCUGCUAGUGGGAUCUGCCUCUAUCUCUGAUGUUGUUGCACAGAUAACAUUUGUGGCGAUUCUUCUCCAGAGUAACCUGGAAUGUUUAGAGCCUCUUCUCAUUCCCAUUCUCUCUCUGUACAUGGGAGCUCUGGUGCGGUUCACUAUCGUAGGACUGGGCUACUACUGUAACGUCCACGACAAUAUUCCUGAGUCAAGCAGCAUCGAACAGGGGGGCGACACCACUGUAAGGAAGAUGCUAAGUUUCUGGUGGCCACUUGCCCUCAUUUUGGCCACUCAGCGCAUCAGCAGGCCCAUUGUCAAUCUGUUUGUCUCUCGGGACCUCAAAGGCAGUGCUGCAUCAACCGAAGCGGUGGCAGUACUCACAGCAACAUAUCCGGUUGGUCACAUGCCCUACGGCUGGUUAACAGAACUACGUGCCAUCUAUCCAGCAUUCGAUAAGAAUAACCCUACUAAUAAGUUAGCCAGUGGUCUGACAGUCACCAACUCACAUAUCAAGAGGUUCACCCUUUGCUGUUUUCUCCUCUCCUUAACGAUGUGUUUCAUUGUAUUCUGGACGCCUCAUGUUUCUGAACGCAUCCUGGUAGAUGUCAUUGGGGUGGAUAUGGCCUUCGCACAGCUCUGCAUCAUUCCACUGCGAGUCUUUUCCUUCUUCCCUGUGCCUGUUACGGUUCGAGCUCAUCUGACGGGCUGGUUAAUGACGUUAAAGAGAACUUGUGUGCUGGCACCUAGUUCAGUUCUGCGCAUCGCUGUGCUCAUCACCAGCCUUCUGGUGCUGCCUUACAUGGGAGUGCAUGGUGCCACACUGGGAGUGGGGUCUUUAUUAGCAGGAUUCAUGGGGGAGUCCACCAUGGUCGCAGUGGCUACCUGUUACGUAUACCGAAAACAGAAGAGAACCCCAGAAGCAGAAAUGGUUGUGGAGGACAACUCUUCCCCGAUGAAUGAAGUCACCCCCAGGACAGAGUUAGAUGUCACUGAAGAGGCUGAGAAUGAGCAGGUGGAAACGGAAGAUGAAUGAAUCAAGGCAUGGAAAGAAAAACAUAGGUGGAAGAUACAUGUUUUCCUUUCAUUUGCAGAUGAAGUGCAGUACAAUGUCUUGGAAUUUUGACGACAAGAAGCAACUAGUACUUUAUCAUUUUUUUUUACAUUUCUACAAUCUCUCCAUUACCCCAGUGGAAUUGCCAGCUUGAUUGAUGCUUGUAUGGGGUAGAAUGAGCAGAUUUGCAUGUCUACAUCAACUGCACUCCUGCACUUUUUGCACUGAGGCAUAUUUACACAGAUGUCUUCCAAAGUUCUUGUUCUGCAGCCUGUGAACAUUUUUGCCAAAAUAGACCAUUACAAUCAGAAAACAAAUCCUUGCAGAAAGACUGCACCAAGAACAGGCUUAAAAAAAUUGUUUUAAUGACUGAACUAUUAUCUGAACUUUGACCCUGAGACAUACCGUCCGUUUCCUCUUGCCUUGAGACGCACAAUGAAUAGUUACACUUUGAGUGUAUUAUAACUUGCUCAAGAGGGAUUUAUUUUACUGCUAUGGGGCACAUACUAGAUUUGAUUGUGUAUGUCAGUUGAUUUAUUUUUGUAUUCACUGCACAAAUUCAGGUUUUGUAUACUUUGCAAAUGUUACUAUGGAGAUAUUUAGGUCUGAAGAUCACUUCUAUGUACAAAAGACUCUUUAUUUGAGCUUUUGGGAAAGCAUGAACAGAUCAUUUCUGAUCAGAUCUGAUCCAGUAUUUUGUGCUGGGACCACAUUAUAGAAUCCAUUUUCUUUUUUUAUUUUCCAGAUCUUAGAAUUUUACUGUAAGUUUCACUUUCAAUAUCUAUUUUGUCAAAUUAUUAAAUGGAAUGCAGUUUUGCGGUACUGUUUUACUUUAGGUGCUCGUGUUACUCGGUGCUUGUGGUCUAACUGAAUGACAGCUCAUAUGUCAGCACUUAUGAAUGCUUUAUGCUUAUUAAACAAAUGUUGUGCUAAA